AUGCGGAGCAGCGAGUCCGACUCCGACGUCAGCUCUGGCGAAGCAGUGACGGAAUCGGGAGACACCUGCGACCUCGGCGGCCUCCUUGACUCACUUGAAGGCAUCUCACUCCAUCAGCCACGUGAGGACGGCGUCCCGGUCCAUAGCGGGGAAGAGCAACCGCCCUUCCGCUUUGCAGUGCCAGCGGUGCAGCUGCGAGACUACCAGGCCUCGCUGCUGGCCGCCGUCCGCGACCGCUUCUCCGAGGGGCAUGGCUCCGUGCUGGCCUACCUCCCGACGGGAGGCGGCAAGACGCACGUGGCCGCGGCAGAGUGCGCCUCCGAGCUCGCCGCCGGCGGCCGCUGCCUUCUGCUCGUCAACAGCCGCACGCUCCUUGAGCAGACGCGCCGCGCGUUCAUCAAGGUUGGCUUCGGCUCGGAGCUGGUCGGGCUGGUGGGCGGGAGCAGCGCGCUGCAGCUCGAGAGGCCGGUGCAGGUGGCGAUGAUACAGAGCCUGCACGGCCGCACGCUCGAGCAGCACGCGCGGUGGCUCCGCCGCUUCUCGCUCGCCGUCGUGGAUGAGGCGCACGCCGCUUUCGCGCACACGUACGCGUCGCUCCUCCGCCGGCUGGGCGAGCCGUGCCGCGUGCUCGGCGAGUCGUGCCGCGUGCUCGGCGUGACGGCGACGCCCUUCCGCUCCUCGCCCGAGGAGCGGCUCGAGCAGGGGUUCGACUUGCCCGAGGUCGGCGCGGUGCUGCUGCUGCGGCCGACCCGCUCCCGCCGCCUCUACAUCCAGCAGGUGGGGCGCGCUCUGAGGGCGGCAAAAGGCAAGGAGGGGUGCGUGGUCCUCGAGAUGGCAGGGCUCUUCUCUUCACGGCUCGUUCUAUGCACAGGCAAGGAGGGGUGCGUGGUCCUCGACUUUGCAGGGCUCACGUGGCGCUUCGGCCCCGUGUACGCGUGGGAGGAGGCGUGCGGCACCGCGGCGUCGGCGAGGGCUCUGGUUCGCCGCUGCCGGGCGGCGCAGUCGAGCUGCCUCGCCUCCCUCUCCUCCUCCCGCGCCGGCCUCGCUGCCCAGCCCGCGCGGCACAGCGCCGGACAAGGAGGGGCGAGCAGACCCGUGGGCCAAGGCGAGCCGUCGCGGGCUCUCGCGAGCACCGCUCUGCCCCUGGGCAGGUCGAAGCACAGCGCGCCGGAAGCCAAUCCGCAGCAGCCUCGUGCCGCGGCGCAACAGAUGCCAAAGCCUCGGCCCGCGUCCGCACCUCUGCCGAUCGCGGCCGCCUCGCCGCCGCCACAGACACAGCUGCACCUCCGGCCUGCUUCCGCCUCGUCCGCCGCCCGCACACCGCUGGCCGACGUCUUCCACGAGAGGCGGCAGAGGCACGUGUACAUCAACGAGGAGACGGGAGAGAUGGCGAGCACGCCGCCGAGCGGAGAGGCGUGUGCCAACGCUCUCGCCGCUGCCGUGGAGGCCCUCCGUGUCGCGUGA